GGUUCCAGCGAGUGCUCGCUUGUUAAAAUUUCACUAUGAAUGUGUUGUUUCCCAUUGAAAUAGAUACAUGUUUGCAAAGUGAGUAUUGAAAACAUCUAAUUGCAGUUAUUAGAGCAAAAUCCUCUAUUCCUUUAGGCUGUAACAGUCCGUGUUUUUCACCUAUUUGAGUGUCGUUUGUCAGGGGUAAGCAAAACUGUGAAGUGAGAAGUUCAAAGCCCGCAAGUCUGUUGAAAGGGAGACCCUGCGCUGGGAAUACUGAUAAGUUCUCGGAAGGAGACAGUCCCUUGUCAAAUAGAAGAGAAAGCCCUAAUAAAAAAGGGUGUAUACUGGAGUUACAGUAGUUUGGACCGAAGUACAUUCCAUUACUCACUCACUCACUCUGUGCCCGCCAGUUAUUUCAGCCCCCAACUCUCCAAGCCCGGGUAGGGGUGAGCAUAUUUGUUUUGCCCCAGUACAAAAUUGUUAUCAGCAAUCAGCAUUAAAAGUAUGUUAAAACUGCUUCUUUCUUGAUGCUACUGAAGCCAAGUAGCCAGAGAAAGGAGUAGUGAGUGUCUGGCGGGAAGGCGCGGACUGAGGGGCCAGGCAGGAGGAGUGGGUGGUCACCAUUCAAGCCGCGUCCCCUAGUGGUGCGACCUUAGCCUGUCAGGUCAGCUCGUUCUCUGUGUUGGGGUUCUCAUCUAGAAAAUGGAGGGGUUUGAGGAUCUUUGCGGUUUCUUCCGGCUCCCCAGGUACACAGCUUCUAGCAUGACUGCGAUCUAAUCAGCAACCACAAGAAUUUGACUCCUGUGUCUGGCGCCGUGGUGCUGGGGCCUGGUCACUGCCCACAACCUCAGAGUCGCCAUGGCUGUCGCGUCCACUGCCAGCCCUGUCGUUUCCCAGCCCCAGUUCACAGCCAUGAAUGAACCACAGUGCUUCUACAAUGAAUCCAUCGCCUUCUUUUACAACCGGAGUGGCAAGUAUCUUGCCACAGAAUGGAACACAGUCAGCAAGCUGGUGAUGGGACUUGGAAUCACCGUCUGUAUCUUCAUCAUGUUGGCCAACCUCCUGGUCAUGGUGGCAAUCUAUGUCAACCGCCGCUUCCAUUUUCCUAUUUAUUACUUAAUGGCUAAUCUGGCCGCUGCAGACUUCUUUGCUGGGUUGGCCUACUUCUACCUAAUGUUCAACACGGGACCUAAUACUCGGAGACUGACUGUUAGCACGUGGCUCCUCCGCCAGGGCCUCAUUGACACCAGCCUGACGGCAUCUGUGGCCAAUUUACUGGCCAUUGCAAUCGAGAGGCACAUUACGGUUUUUCGCAUGCAGCUCCACACACGGAUGAGCAACCGGAGGGUGGUGGUGGUGAUUGUCGUCAUCUGGACCAUGGCCAUUGUUAUGGGUGCUAUACCCAGUGUGGGCUGGAACUGCAUCUGUGAUAUUGAAAAUUGUUCCAACAUGGCACCCCUCUACAGUGACUCUUACUUAGUCUUCUGGGCAAUUUUCAACUUGGUGACCUUUGUCGUAAUGGUGGUUCUCUAUGCUCAUAUUUUUGGCUAUGUUCGCCAGAGGACUAUGAGAAUGUCUCGGCAUAGUUCUGGGCCCCGGCGGAACCGCGAUACCAUGAUGAGUCUUCUGAAGACUGUGGUCAUUGUGCUUGGUGCCUUUAUCAUCUGCUGGACUCCUGGACUGGUCUUGUUACUUCUUGAUGUGUGCUGUCCACAGUGUGAUGUUCUGGCCUAUGAGAAAUUCUUCCUUCUGCUUGCUGAGUUCAACUCUGCCAUGAACCCCAUCAUCUACUCCUACCGUGACAAGGAGAUGAGUGCCACCUUCAGACAGAUCCUCUGCUGCCAGCGCAGCGAGAACACCAGUGGCCCCACGGAGGGCUCAGACCGCUCCGCUUCCUCCCUCAACCACACCAUCCUGGCUGGCGUUCACAGCAAUGACCACUCUGUGGUUUAGAAAGGAAACUCAGAGGAGAAGUCGGCCAUCCUCUAUUGAAGGAUGGAGAGCCUCCCCCUACCCAAAUGCCAGGGUGAGAUGUGGGAUGCGAGGAAAAAGAAACUCAUGUACUUAAACACUAACCAAUGACAGUAUUUGUUCCUAGACCCAACAAGACUUGAUACAUGUUGAAAAUUAGCUUAUGUGACAACCCUCAUCUGGAUCCCUAUUUCUUUUGAAAGUAGAAAGUGGAGCUCUUAGAAUGGAAUCCAUAGACUCUGGAGUGUCCAUUUAGAUAGAUACACUAACUAGACAUCAAAAGAUUUCAUGUGCUUUGGUGCAAGUUGGAAUAACUUCCGACUAAUUGAAUCCACAACUUCAUUUACAUACAGGCUUCCCUUUUUUUAUUUUUAAAGGAUACAUUUCAUUUAAUAAACGUGUUUAUGCCUAUCAGUAUGCUUGUGAUGGAUAAGACUAUAGACUGUUUUUAAAAUACCAUAACUUCAUUUUUUUCCUUAUAUAGGAAAACUGUAAAUUAGAGUUAUUUGUUUUUUUAGAAAGCAUGCAUGUAAUGUAUGUAUGCAGUAUACCUUACUUAAAAUGAUAAAAGGGUAUUAAUUUUAAAUCUUCUAGGAAAUAGGAGGACCUAGAUGUCAAAGCCAGUAUUUGUUUAGGUUAUGAAACAAACAAUGCUCUAAUCACAAUAUUACCUUUUUAUUGCAGUGUUGUAACACAUAUAAGACAGAAAUGGGAUGUAAGUUUAUUACCAAAAUAAUAUGUACUCUUAAAAAGUCAUAGACGGUGAAGCUCAGUUAUAUUGUUGCCACAUAUUUAUGAUACCCAAGUACAUUCUAAUUAUUAGUACAUCGGAGCAAUUUUUAAAUAGCCUGUGUUUUUCUGUAUUAUGAAAUAAUACAUAGUCAUUGUAGAAAACUUGAAAAAUUCAGAAAUGUAUAAAACAGAAAAAAUAAUUACUGAUAAUAUCACAAUCCAGAAGUAACCACCGUUAACAGCCCCCCCCCCACCCCCCGUGUAUGCCUCUAUGUAUAUUAUAUACCUUUUUAUAUAAUUGGGAUCAUACUGUAAACAAUUUUAUAACCAGUUGUUGUUGUUGUUUUUUUCCACUACAGAAUUGCCACAAUUUCUUAUGGCAUUAAAAAUUUUACAAAAACAUAAUUUUUAAGGCUAUAUAAUGUUCCAUUUAAUGGAUGCAUUUCAGUUUAUUUAACCAUUUCCAUAUUGUUGACUACUUAGGUUAUUUCUAAUUUUCAUUAUUAUAAAUGAUGUUGCAAAAAUUUUGUGUACAUAAGACUUUGUCCAUAUAAUUGAUUAUUUACUUAGGCUAUGUUCCCAUGAAGGAUUUUUUUUUUUAAAUGUGAAAUGUCUUUUUAUGCUCAUACCGUUUUAUAAAAAGGGAUUUCCUGCUUUGCACCUCAUGGGUGACAAUUGUGCGGAAAACCAGUUAAAUUACCUUUUUACAAAGGAAGUUCAGUGCUUAGUUUAGAGUGACUUUUUUAUAUAACAAGAUGGAUUAGAAACAGUCAACUGUCACAAAUAUCCAGGAUACCCUAAUUACUCUGUCUAGCAAUUCCAAAUUUUGCUUGAGGGACCAGUUAUUCAGCUCUUGGUAGCCACAACUAUACUACAGAAUUCAAGAAAAUGCAAAGAAAUCAAAUAUUCCAAGUAAACAGUGGAUCUUUAUA